AUGGAUUCCCACUUCCCUGAGCCCGCGUGGAAACGAAAGCGGCAACCCAUCAACGUCAAUUUAGAACUCAAACUCUUCUGCGCUCUCGUUCAUCUCUUCAAAUACGACAAACUGCUAAUCGAAGCCUACCGAUCUCUCAGCGAGGGACACACUCCCAACGUCCCAAAACAGCUCGAAUUCCUCUGGAGACCCGUCAUUUCCUUCCGAGAACACUGUAGAAGGAAGAAGCAGGAGUUCUGCGCCCACUCCAGUAUCAACUAUAACUUCGCAGCUUCGCAGACAGUCACUGCGUUUCGACAUAACAGCGUUUCCUCGCUCGGUCGAUCCGAAAGCGCGCGACUUCGCCUCGAUUCGCAGUUCCAAGAAGCCAAUCUCAGCUCGCUUCCUUCCGAACGACGCCUUCAAUUGCGUCGCAUUAUGAGUUUCGUAGACGAUGAGGAGCCAUUGCGACCCGCGAAAUCGUCCACUGAAUUGAAGUCGAAAGUGCUGCUGCGAUCGCCUUUGGUGAAAGACAGUCCGAUGGCUGGGAAUCUGGAUCGAAACGAAGAGCGCGAUUUGGUUUAUAUGAUGACGUAUGAAGAUUAUGCCACGCUUUUACUUCAAAAACUGGAAUUGCUGAUGGAGUUAAAUCCGCCUUGGGAUCUCAAUGAAGAAACCAAACGUGGAAACGGAGAAAACGAAACGCUGGUGAAUGGGAGAGAGAAGAUUUUGGCGUCGCUGCGAAAGAACAGCUCGUUGAUGAUCGAAGAGAAGGGAAGCAUUCCCGAGACAAUCGAAGAACUGCUUCUGAGUUGUGUGUAUAAGUAUCUGUACAUCAAUACGACGGUUUCGGUGAAGCAUUUGAAAGAGAGUUUGAUUCGACGGACGAACAAUGCGAUGAAUAAGCGUCGAAUCUUCACCGAGGGCAUUCAAUUUAUGCAACAAAUCGCCGAAUUCCCGCAAGCCAGUCGUCUGUUUUUGCUCGGCAUCUUUCACGAAAUGACGGUGUUUUCGAACCGUUUUGUGGGCGGAUAUCACACAGGACGACGGAGACGCGAAGGAAGCUACGGAAUUGAUUAUUUGGAAAACUGCGAAGGCGCGUCGCAUGACGUGAUGAGGCAAUUAAUCGAAUCGUUACAGCAAUUCUGUGAAUAUUUGAAAGAAGAAUUUGGAAAAUGCGUGGAUCAAUUGCAGUGGCAUUUAGGCGGUGCGAUUCUCUGGUUCUUGUCCACCAUCGCAUCGCCAAAACUCCCCUACUUUGCAGUGCAGUUGGAUUUGUUGUCCUCUCUCGAAUCCAACAUGUGGAAGCUCUGCAAAUGGUACGAAAUGGCCAACGAUUAUUCGAAAGACCUUCUCAUUUCUCCGGGGAUUUUCUGGGACGCGUUAUCGCAGUCUCCCAUCUCGCUUUCGUCCUCUCAUUUCCACAAAAUGUUCCGCGAAAUCCAAGAAAACAGCACCUACGUCAACAUCCACGAUUCCUUUCCCGGCAUUUUCCCCGCGGCUGUCUUGUCAUUGGCCAAUCAGAUCCGUCUCGCCUAUACCAUUCUGCUGAUCCAGCAGUUCUCGGAUUCGGUGUCGCGUUCGCGAUUGAGUCCAGCCCAAAACAAAGAAACGCUUUACAACUGGACGCUUACCGACGUCUCGAAUCUUUUCAUUCGGCAAAGCGUGCCGUAUCUCUACACCACGCAGCAGAUCUUCGAUCAGUUCGCUCGGUUCUUCGCGCGAAUGCAGCGUGUGAUGCGAGAGCGAUGCGCAGCGUGGCAGCCGUACGCUCCGAUUAGUUAUAACGCGAACAAUACGAUCGGAAACCCUUACACGUGUGUUAAGAAAUACGAUGAGAAAAACAUUAUGCGCGGAAUGAUCGCGACGGACAUGCUCAUCUCCGCCGCGGAAGGCGUGAUCAGUUCCUAUCUCGCGUUGAUGCUGUUCAUCUCGCGGACACGUGCUUCGGCCGUGCUUCCCUGGAAAGAAUACGGCAAUCGCGUCUGGGAGAUGGUUUACUACUCGCCUCGCCAUCAGAAGCUCGCAACGAUGCUACUGCAAUACAUUAUCCCCACCACGGAUUUCAUUCCGCCCGUGUUCGAAUCGCCACAUUGCUCGUUUUCGGAAGUCCCAACCGGCACUCCGGAAACCGAAUCGAUUCGAAAGAACCCGCUCUUGCAGCCUCCUUAUUUCCCUCAAUCCGAGCCCAUUUCCGAAGCCAAGCGCGAAGCGUUCAUUUACUUUUUAUUACAUCUCGUGUCGCACAGCGAUAGCUGUCCCGGCGCGAUGGUCGGCGAGCGAACGUCCUGCGCGUUGUGCUGUGCGUUCUUCCCAUUCAUCUACAACACGCUCUGUCCUUCCUCUCCCGCCUAUUCCAUCCCCGCCAAAGCGUCCUAUCUCGAAGAAGUGCUGAUCACGCGGCAGCAAAUCUUCGUGGGGCUCUGCGCCAUGUACAUCCGACCCGACGGGCAGACCGCCUCGUUCUGCUCGCUCGUCUUCGCGGAGGAAGUCGCGUAUUUGCUCCGUGUGCUCAUGCGCCAAUCGGUUUGGCGUGGACUGACCAUCCGCGUGUUCCAGAACAUUCUCGACUUCGCGGCGUCGCAACUCGAAGAAGAAGAAAGAACAGGACAGACGAUGGGGGCUGCGUUGGGUUUCCACGCGAUGCUGCGGAGCCGAACGCCCUGGUUCUGCAUGGCAACCGCGGUUUUGAAGGUCUUGGGGGCGAUUACCCCGCGGUUAUACGCGGGAUGUCGAAUCCGAAUCCACGAAUUUUUAAUGGAGGGAGAGAACGACAUCUCGACGCUGAUCCACACGGCGUAUCAAAGCCAGGGAACCGGCUCGAUCAUCAAAUACCACCGGUCGAUGGGCGAGGCGUUGGUGCUGCUGGACAAAAUCGAAACGCCUCGGUACAUCAACAAUUACGUGUUCGAUGUGGUGGAUCGAAUCGAGCCUCCGCACGACGAAGGCGAUCAGUUCAAGCAGCUUUUGACCCCGAUUCAGCGAAUCAUCCAGCGCGUCCAGCUGAACGCCGAGCUGUUUUCGCUUCCAUCCGCCGAAAUGCACUUCUUCAACACGUCCGAUCUUCAGCUUUCGCCCUCCGAGCUGCAGAACGUCAUUCUCUUCCUCUACUGCGUGCGUUGCACCAACCAUCUCGUCAUUUCCAACAACUCGUUGGUUCGCUGUCUUCGCACGGAAACCAUCUCGCGCCUCAUCCAAAUCGCCGUUCAGCCGCUUCCCUGCAACGUUUCCUUCAACACGCUGAUCGUUCGUCAAUACUUCAACUGGUUCAUCGAGUAUCUCAUCGAUACGUACGUCGGCUCGGCUCGCUUGUUGCCGAUGGAGCUGCAGAAUGAAGAGGACGGCGAAGUGCUGCGAGGCCGCGAACGCGUCGAUCCGCAGUUUGGAUUCAACAAAGAAUACGACGAGGAAGUUUUAAUGAUGGAAGAACCCGAAGGACCGAAGGUGGUUCGCAACGAAAAACGAAUGAAGGCCGCGGAAGAACUCGCAGCGUUGUGUCGCGUCGAUGUGAAUGUCGCGUAUGCCGUGCUAUUGCACAUGAACGACGAAGAAACCGGCGCGUUUAAUUAUCUAACCGAGAAUCCUCCGUCCGUUCUGCAGGAUCUUGCCAGUCCGUUGCAGAUCCCAGAAGACGAACUGACCAAUCAGGACGAUGCGAUUCUCGCGGAUAUGGAGCUCGGAAUCCGCGAGCAGCUGAUCAGCAAUGAAACUCCCGAAACGGCCAUUACGGAAGAAACGCUUCGCUCGGUGAUUCCUUCCUUCACGCGAUUGCAGCGAUUCAAUCCGUCGCAACUGCAGAACAUGAACAGUGUCAUCGGCGUUGUGGCGUCGGUAACUCCGAAAAGCGUUCUGUAUUCCCCCAUCCCCGAAACCGGCGUGAUAACCGCGAUUACGCCGAGAAAAGUAACGCUGAGUCAGUUAAAUUCGGACAGUGGGAUUCUGCAGGAGAAGAUCUUUCCGAUGGAGAGCGUGGCGCUUCACAAAGAUCGUCUUUUGUAUUAUAUUGGGAACGUGAAAUUGCUUCGCGGCACGACGGGUCGAAUCUGCACGGUGUUGGCGAUGAAGUACAUCCGCGAAUUGUUCAUUUGCUUGCUGUACUACGCGCAGUGCAACGAGCUGGACGUGCUGGAGGCCUGGCCGCUGUCGUGCGACGAUUUGGUUCGACUGACGAAGUACACGUUCGUCUCCAACGCGAACAAUCGAAUCCUGAAUCCGUCCAAGCAAAAUCAAGUCACGCUCGUGAGCUGCCUGUUCCGAAUUCUCAAACUCUCGCUCAAGAAACUCUCCCAGUCGUCCUCGAAAGCCCCGCAGUUGAUGAAAUCGCUCACAGUGGGCGUCUGGACCGAUUCUGCGUCGCUCCUCUCCCCCAUCACGCCCUUCUCGCCAUCCACCUCGUCGAGCAGCAAUCUUCUUCUCCCCAAAAAACACUCCCAGCGCACCUCUUCGAUCCAAUUCAUGGACGACGAGAUGAAAAUGCUCUCCGUGUCGUCGCUCCACCCGCUCUUCGACCGCAACAAAUACGAAGAUCAAGUCAUUCUGCCCGGUGUCGAAGGGCUCCGCGUUGUCUUCGAUCGGCGAUGCAAGCUCGACGCCUCCAACGCCGUUCUGACGUUCUUCCGCGACGAAAACCACGCGGAGGUCAUCGCGAAAUUUACGGGCGAUUCGACGACGUUCUGCCCCUUCACGAUCCGCGGGAAUGAGCUUCGCUAUCAGUUCGAAUCGACCGCGAAAGCGGUUCCCACCUGGGGCUACGCGUUUAUGAUCCAGCCGUUCGAGCACGUGCGUUGGAUUGGAGACAGCGACGUGCUUCAGAGCUCCUGCUUCGACUGGAACUGCUUCGCGUUGGAGCUGGCGAUGGAGAUCUGCAAGGCCAAAAUCGUGUCCAACACGCAGUUCUUCAAGACCGUAAUGCGAAAUCUGAUUGGCUAUCUGCGGAGCAUCGGCAUGCCCUUCAAAUCGCGCGUGAUCGAGCUGCUCAUCCGCCUCCUCUAUUCCUCCCACAUCGCCAUGAGCGAUCUGCCCAACGUCGAGGGAAUGUACUCCAUCGUCCUUCGCUACUGCGAGGAAAUCAACGCCGAGACCGUCGUUCCCGUCCAGCUCCCGCUUCUCAUCGAGUUCUUGGCGUCCUACGCGAACGCUCGGCAGCUCAAAACGCUCUCCAUCCCCGACGACCCCGCCGUUCUGCCUCCCUUCUGCGAGUCCGUUCCGCCCUUGGAAGACUCGCUCCGCACCGCCAUCGAUUCGGUUUAUCUCUUAACGCGCUGCCUCUACUGCCAAACCAUUCCGCCCGCGCCGUUUCUCCAGCAGUUUCUCCAGCUAUCGGGGAAACCGUGGAACCAGCCGAACUUCGAGCAGAUCGUGCAGUGUUUCCGCAGGUUCACGCGACGUUUGGACUUGUCGUUGAUCAGCGCGUUGGAGCAGCGCUGCGCGAAGGACCACGCGACGAUGCUGACGUUUCCGCUCACCGAUUUCGCGCUCACCGACGACGAUAAAGCGCGCUAUUACGGACUGAAUUCGUUCUCUCCGCAGGAAAUCCGCAUGCGAUUAGCGUUCAUUCAGUUCUUCAACGCGCAGCUGCAGCGCGUCGUGCAUUUAAUCGAGCUCGGCUCGCCCUGGGAGGACGGAAUCAACACGUUAGGAAAGCUCCUCGGAGGGUUGACCGGGUAUAUUUUCCCCGCGGUGAAGGAAAACGCGCUGGAAGUGUCGAUUCUGCAGACGACCUACCACGGAAAAGACUGCUAUCCGGUGGUGGAGCUGGACAAUCGCCGCGCGUUUACCGAGUUGGAGCGAAGCGAAAUGGCGGGCGACGCCGAAUUCGACGAAGAAGCGCGGAACGCGAUCACGUCGCAGUGCACGUUCGCUCAGUUAUUCAGACAGACACGCAAGUUUAAAGUGGAUGUUUUGCGCGCGAAACUGGAUUCCCGCGAACGGUUGUUGGCGGUGAAGUACAAGGGGGAGCAGGGCUUGGACUGGGGCGGGAUUUACCGCGACAUGAUGGAGCGAUGCAUCGAAGAUUUGUUUUCGGAUCGGAUCGAUUUGUUCAUUCCGAGUCCCAACGCGCAGAACGAAGAGAAAAACGAGGACGUGACGUUCGUGCCGAACCCCAAAUACCGCGAGAGCAGCGACGCGUUAGCGAUGUACAGCUUCGUGGGGAAUCUGAUCGGGAUCUCCAUCCGAACGAAGCAGUUGAUGUCCUUCGAGCUCUGCAGCGCGAUCUGGAAAACGAUCGUCGGCGACGCGGUGACCAGCGAAGACGUCGAGAGCGUCGAUCGCACUUUUAUCAACACGCUGAACCAGGUGCGCGACUUCGAAGAGAGCGGAGACCCCGAAGACUUCCAGUAUCUCUUCGGAUUGACCUUUUCCGUGCUCGAUUCCGCGGGGAACGAGGUGGAAUUGAUCCCCAGCGGCACGCAGGUGAGCGUUUCCUUCGAGAACCGCGAGAAAUACGUGCAGUUGGCGCUGGAUUAUCGGCUGAAUGAGUGGAAGCAGGCCGCGGAGGCGAUCGCGUCGGGGGUCUACGCGCUGGUUCCGCAGCGCGCCUUGUCGCUUUUCACGUGGGAGCAAUUGGAACGGACCGUGCAGGGCGUUCCGGAAGUUUCGGUGGAAGUGUUGAAGCAGCACACGGUGUAUAUUGGAUGGACGGAGGAGCACGAAGUGGUGCAGCGAUUCUGGCGCGUGAUGAAAGAGCUGGGGAACAAGGAUCGAAGCUCCUUCUUGCGGUUUGUGUGGGGCCGAUCGCGCCUGCCCAAGGUGGUGUGGCCGCGGCCGUUCAAGCUGAAUCACAGCGAGGCGGGGAACGAUCGAUUGCCUAUCGCGCAUACGUGCUUCUUCCAGCUGGAUUUGCCGCAGUACUCGACGGAUGCGAUCAUGCGGGAGCGAUUGCUGGUGGCGAUUCAUUUCGGAGCGGGAGAGUUUUUAUUGCGAUAA